UUAAUUGAUUAAUUGGCUGAGGUCAAUUUAGCGGCAUAAAACAAGGCGAUACCAAUGUGACGUUCACGUGACGCGGUGGUUAUCAUCUAGUGUCCGCGUGCUAUCCUACAGAAUUGAUCUCGCGUGCGAACUCCCCUCAACCGCCUCUCCACCGCGCGCGCGUCAUCGUGGGGCUCACGGCGACGCGGCGAGUUGUAAGCAAAUGAGGACGUGUGUGGAGACCUGACAGGGGGGAGGAGGAGGAGGAGGAGGAGGAGGAGUGAGGAGGAGACCGGGAGCCUCACAUGUGCGUGAGAGAGGAGCCCAGCGGAAGGGCGUGUGUGUGUCAGUGUGUGUGUGUGUAGCCGGUGUCUCGCGGACGCAGAAAGUGGAGGAGGAGGCAGAGAGGUGGAGCUGACGGAGCUGACAGAGUAUAGUGGGUGAUGCUUUUUUCCUCUUCUCACCCAGACUGGAAUGGUAUCGAUCGGUCACGUGCGCACGCAUCUCCAUUCCGGUCGCAGACAGCGGGGCGCGAGACGCUGCGAACGGUUCUCGCGUCUCCUCAACGAGGGGGGAUUCGAUAAAACAACCUCCUUUCUCCGGGUUUUUUAUGGCUUCUCGCUCCGUGGAUGUCCUCUAAACCCGGGACCCCCCCCCCCCCUCCCGGGUACCCUUCACCGCCGUCUACCUGCGCGUGAUCUCUCUCUUAUCUGGAUUCUCAUCUGUUGCUGUGGCUCCGGCGGGACUCGACCCUCUCCCGGGAUGUAGAGCACCGAUCCAUCACCCAGCACCACCCGCUCAUCACCUGAAGGGACAAUGGACCAGAGGCUACUGCUGCUCUUAUUACUGCUCUUAUCUCUACACGUACGGCUGGGAUUCCGUUCAUCAUGAUUCCGGUCCUCCUCCGGUGAAUAGCGCUCUGUAGAUCCGCUCUCUGGAUCUCUAGAUCUGUGUAGAUCUCUAGAUCUACACACUACACGCUCCGUUCAUUUCCCGGAUUUCUACGUUAAGACCAAACCAACGAACGCAGCUCAGAAGGUCUCGUGGAUAUUUAUUUUCCGGUUACCGGGUCUGAGCCGAAGACAGAACCAUGAUGGAGGACGGUGAACUAGACGCGCAUCAGGUUGAUAUCGACUCGGAUUUCGAGACGCAAAGUCGGCCUCGCUCGUGCACCUGGCCCGCCGCUCCGUGCCCGGAGGGCUUUCCUCCUCCCGGUGGGCGCGAGGUCACCGGCGGCGGCGGCGGGGGUCUGCCGCCGCUGCUCAGCAUCAAGCUGGAGCCCGAGGACGUCCCCGCGUGCCGAGGAGCGGGGCUCGCUUGCGGGACGCCGGGAGGAGACCUACAGCAUCCGGUCGGCUCCUCCCCGGUGCCUCCCCCCGGUUCCGAGGUGCACCCGUGCCUGGCGGGCGCCGCGUGCGACGCGUCCGGCCAGCUGCGUAAAGCCAAGUCGUCCCGGCGGAACGCGUGGGGGAACCAGUCGUACGCGGACCUCAUCACGCGCGCCAUCGAGAGCACCGCGGAGAAGCGGCUGACGCUUUCGCAGAUCUACGACUGGAUGGUGCGCUACGUGCCCUACUUCAAGGAUAAGGGGGACAGCAACAGCUCCGCCGGAUGGAAGGUAAGACGGCGUGGUAACGGGAAGGUUGCCCGUUCGAUCCCCGGAGUGUCGAGGUAUCCCUUAGCAAGACGCCUCAUCCUGACUGCUCCUGAUGAGCUGGCGCCUGGCGGUCGCCUUGCGUGGCUGACCCCGCCGUCGGUGUGUGAAUGAAUGUGUGCAUGAAUGUGUGAUUGUUGGGCAGUAUUGUAAAGGUCUCCGAGUGGCCACUGGUUAGAAAAUAACAGUAUAAAUGCAGUCCAUUUACCAUUUAGCUGGAACACUUAUAGUGGGUUUACGGUUCAGGUGCGUGUUUGGUGAGAGUCGUUAUGCAGACAGCGGGGUUCCUCCAUGGAGACAUGGGCUCAGUCGGUCUCUCUGACCAGGAGUGUGAUCUGUGCUGUGGUGUAGUUACGCAUGACCGGCGCCACGCGUUGCCUCGGCUCGGUUAAUCACCGGGUCCCUGGUCGAUCAAUCCCAGUGAAAUCACCGGUGACAGAUUGUAAACGAGCGGUUAAGUGGGCACACGUGGUUCCAGUGUCAGUGUGACACGGCCGCGUGCUCCCGCCAAACCCACGAGAGUCUCGCGGGAACGCGCUUCGGGAACGCGCUUCAGGAGGGCGCUAUACCUUCGCCUCCACCGCCUCCUCCUCCUCGUUCCGCGCGUCGCCGCUUUUGUUUGCGCCUCGCCGCCUCGUUUUCCGCUCUUCCAUUUUCAUGCAAAUCGCAGCGUUCCCCGUGCACCGCGCCCGGUCUGAACGACCCCUUCCGCCGCCGGAGGAGGGACACUUGUAGCGGUCCAUGGGUCAGCCCCUCUCUCGUGUGUGUAAAUAUUAAAGAGGGGCUUUCACUGCUGACCACGGACUGCUGACCGCCACUACUGCCUGGCCGAGAGCCCGGAGCCGCUGGCUGGACCUCUGCCCGGGUUAUCACCCUCAGCCCCCCGCC